AUGGGUCGCGACAAUUUUCCAACGCUGCGACGGCUCAUCAAUAACGUGAACCGUUUCAACAGCGCCUUCCGCGGGCAGAGCUACGAAAAUGUGGUGACAGCCUUGAAUCGAUACUACAGUCAGAGAGCUGGCUUUACCUUUGUAAGCUUUAGAUUCUGGGAAAACGGGAAUGCCGGCGAUUUCCUGAUUUUUAAUAAGGGGGAUGGAUGUUAUUCUGGUGUCGGAAAGCUUGGCGGCCAACAAGAAAUCUCACUGGGAAGUGGCUGCGAAACGCUGGGAAUCGCUGCCCAUGAAAUCGGCCACAGCCUAGGAUUAUACCACGAACAGUCCCGACCGGAACGCGAUACAUAUAUCAGGGUCAACUUUCAAAAUAUCGCCUCCGGCUACACCGGCUCUUUUGACAAGCGAUCUCCUGCACUUUCUCAGUCCCUCGGAAUCCCAUACGACUACGGUAGCGUCAUGCACUACGCUAUUAAUUCGUUCUCGAAAUCCUUUGGCUCCGACACGAUCACCCCAUUGCGAUCGCAAUUUUCGUACACGAUCGGAAACCGAGUGGAGCCGGCCUUCUACGACUACAAGGCCGUCAAUUUAAUGUAUUGCUCAACGCAGAUUGGCGUUGUCGAGACCAGU